AAAUUUAACAAUUUUGAAAAGAGAUUUAUGGAUAAAAAUUUUGAAUUUCCUUCUAUAAUUUUGGUCGGAAGAGAAGGCAUUACUGUCGGGAAUAUGCUAUUAAAAACAUGCGGAAAUCAUAACGAAUUAUUUGAAAAGUAUGAGGGCCCUAUGACGGACAUGGGACGUAAUCAGCAGCAACUAAAAACUGCCAAACUUUCUAUAGGUGAAGAAAAUUUUAUCUUA